AGGCGCGCAUCGACAAGCACAUCCAGGUCUUCCUCAGGUGCCUGUCGCAGGCGGACCAGAAGACCGCGAGCGGCAGCGCCCAGCGCCUGCAGCAGAAGCUCACGGUGGGGUUCAUCCGGGAGCUCUGGCGGGAGAUGGCCCUCGUGACGAAGUCGGAGGUGGGCGACCUCAGCAUCGCCCGGGCGCAGUACGCGCAGGUCAUCGAAGGCCGUGUCGGCGCCCAGCCACGGGACGGGUGCCGCGCGGAGGACGCCGCGGGACUGCAGGAGUACGAGACCGCGUUCAUGUUGCGCAUCUUCGACCGCGCCGACACCCGGCACCGCGGCAGGGUCCACAUCGGUGAGCUGGUCACGGCGCUGGUGCUGGCCAGCCCCGAGCUCGACAGGUACAAGAAGGUCGCGCUCCUGUUCGAGGUGUUCGACCUGGACUGCGGCAACUGCAUGACCGUCGAGCAGGCGGGCUGCGC